AUGAAGAAAUUCACGGAUAGCUUACACCUCUUCUCGCCGAAAGAUAACAGGUGCAACAAUGAUAAAGGAAGCGAACUUGACAGGGGUGUCCUCACCACGAGCCAGUUAGACACAAAAGGGAUACCCCCCAAUGUGGCCUCCGUCAGCGGGGUCACCCCAGACCCGAUCUACGAAUUGGGAAACGAAAUAGAAGACCUUUUUGAUGAAGAGGUUGAGAACAUCAAAUUCAACGCAGAUGAAAUUUCUUCCUUUUUUCUGAAAAAUAACGAACUCGAAAAUGGAAAGGAAGAAUCAGAAAAUGUUUGCAGCAACCCACGAGAGGUGAACAGCAUGGAGAGAAAUCCAGUAUGCAAGAAAAUGAGAAGUUUGUUCGAUCCAACCAUCAGUGGACCACACAUGUGUUGCGUAGUUAUUUUGUCAAAAAGAGAAAAUGUCGAAAUUGAGUUUAUCCACCCAAAUAUAUUCGAACCGCAUGAAAUAGAGCAUCUAAGUAAAAGGAGGAAAAAAAAAAAAAUGAAAAUGAUAACCCCUUUUUGCGUGUGGCAUAGAUACCAAGGGGACUGGGUAGAGGAUGUGAAAUUUUUAAUUGCAGGAAGGAUGUACUUGUUUGGGGAAACCAACACGGGGAACGUCCUGUGCGAUUUUUACAAUUCCAAGUCAUGCAAAAAUUACAAUGAAUACAAUGUUAUUUAUGCCCCCAGUGGGAAUAGGUACUACCUGGUAGGGCUGAAUUAUAUGCAGGGCAGCAGUUACAAGGAGGUCCUCACCAUUGCGCAGGUGCCACACUUCGACUUUAUAUACGCGAGGCUUUGCCGGGCGAUGAGGACCGUCCUGGGGGAGGAAAGAGCAACGGAUAAAGCGCAGCACGACCCACAGUACUUUAUGAAAAAUAAAGAGGAUGCACAAAAAAAAUACGGCGAGCUGAUUACCUUCGUGGACAACUUCACAGCGAAUCGUCCGUUUGAUAAAAUGGAGUUCAAUGAUUACUACGUGUAUUUGUCUAAAGACAUAGAAUAUGUUAAUAACAUAAAAGUGAAGAAUAUUAUGACCAUUCUAAAAGCAGUAUUGUUGGAAAAAAAAAUUGUUAUUUCAUGUUCGAAGAAGGGAAAUGGAUGCAGAAUGGUGUUGCUCCUCCUUUCCUUCAUUCCUGACAUAAUAAACUUAGGAUUUAAUGUAAAAAAUUAUGAGGACAAAUUUGAAGAAUGGAUAAAGUUAAAGCUUCCGCUGAUUUUAUUUCACGAAAAGUAUGUUCUCCUGCUCCACAUAAAUAACUUGCAGCUAUUUAAUGAACACGCAAAUGGAAAGAACUACCUCAUAUCGACUAGCACAGGUAGCGAUGUAUAUUAUUACGUGAAGAAUAGUGUGGAUGUUCUGUACGAGAUGGACAAAGAUGAACUAAUUGUGAAAAAGGAAAAUUUAAUGAAUGCUUUAAGUUUAACAAAAUAUGAAUAUAAUUAUUUGAAGGGCCUUAACUCCAUUUUUCAAUCUUUGAUUAAUUUUUCUUCCCUUUUUUUUGAGACCUCCAAGCAUAGUAUCAUCACAGACGAUGGUCAUUCCGGGGGGGAAUUUUCCAGGGGGCAUUUUACCUCUGCUAAUGUAUUGGGCAAUCCUUUAGGUGCAACGGAUUUUCUCGACGGUGGGAACGCCAUUUUGACGAAACAUUAUGGGGAAAUGAAGAAACACACACAAAGUGAAGAAGUGAUCCUCGAUUGUGAAGCGCUUCCACAUAGUAGUAGUAACAAUGAGGAUAUGUACAAUCAUGUUGAUGGGAGGACGAACCCCCUAUUGGGAGAAGCCCAAUUUGACCAGGCCGGAGAAAAACACGAAUACAUUGAUGACGAAGAUGACAUAUGCGUCUUAGACACGAAAUCUGUGAACUUCCAAAAAGGCGAAGUGAUAAGGCUUACCCCAAUGAGUGAAGCCGAAGAAUGGAUCCAAAGCAACAACACAAAGAAAAACAUAUCAAUGAAUGAUCAAUCGGAUAGGUACAUUUCCAACUUGAGGAGCCACUUUCAUGCUUAUUUUAAGAAUUUUUUUAUGUCAAGCAAGGAAAACUACGAAGAGGGGAAAAAGGAGCUGAAAGAAGAAUACGAACUGAAUUAUAAUAAUGAAUUUCUCCAAUUAUGGCAAGAAACAGAAAAUUAUAAAUAUUUCAUCGAGAAGGAUUUUAAAAUGAGAAAAUUUUUUAAAAUUGCAGAGCAGAAUAAUGUCCCAUUUGACAAGGAAAAAAUGGAGGACUACAAAUUUGUGGAUGAUUUAUUAAUAAUCGAAAAGAAGGAUAACGAAGAUAAAGGGAAGAAUGCAGAAAAAAAAUUUAAGGAUGUCCUGAUAAUAUCUUUAAAGGGUUAUGUGUACGAAGGAACCUUUUCCAUUUUAAAAAAUUGCAAAGAAGGGGUAGGCAAAUUUUUGUAUAACAUGCACGAUAUAACUUUUCACGGAGAAUGGCAAAACGAUCAGAUAAAUGGAUCUGGUCAUUUACUAUACAAUAACAAAUUCAAAUAUUUUGGAAAUUUUAAAAAUAACCUUUUCAGUGGAAAUGGACUCUUUGUUGAUAAUUUGUUAAAUCAAUAUGAAGGGGAAUUUUCCAAUGGCUCAUUUAAUGGGAAUGGAAAACUUAUCUUUAACAGAAAUACUUACAUAGGCAUUUUUAAAGAUAAUAAUUUAGUAGGAAAGGGGAAAAUAUUGCACAAAAAUGGACUUAUAUAUACGGGAGAAAUUAAGAACUUCCUCCCCCAUGGAUAUGGCUUCCUGUCCUACAACAGUUCGAUCGUAUUUGAAGGAUACUUUGUUGAAGGGAAAAAAAAUGGAAAUGGUUUUUUAACCAUAAAUCAGGGAUCCAUUUCGGACGAAUGUUUCUGUAUUGAGGGGAAAUGGAGCAAUGAUGAACCUGUCUUCAGGAGAAACUUCCAUAUCGUUUUUCCAAAUAGGGAUAAAUACAUAGGGAAAAUUUAUUUCCUAUCCUCUUUCGAUGAAGCCAAUAGGAAGGGGCGAAAUUUGUGGAGUGACAACCAUGCCAUGUGUCAGCAGAUUCAUCAUCAGCUUCUUGAAGCCAAGCAGUUGAUAGAAAGUCAAAUCGCUUCUGCGGACCAGGGUGGGCGACAAUCCUCGGAUGACAAUUCGAAGAACAUGGAGGAGAAAACGGAAAGCAUUAACAACAGAAGCAUCCCCAACGUUACUGGCAUCACAUGGAGCGAUAAUAAACACCCCAUUUCCUGUUCGAACAGCACCGAUUCCGUUAUUCAUCACGGUAGUGUCCUUACUACAGCAAGCAGCAAGAACUAUUUAGAAUACCAACAUUGGGAGGGUAAAAACGAUGUAAGUAAAAUUUUAAAAUGCUACGAUGAUACCCCCAUUUCAACAAAAACGAAAAACAACGAACAGAGGUGUUCUUCCCCAGGUGAGGACCCCAACCUAGAUCAGGCAAAUGUUACGAAAAAAAAAGUGCUGAAGGAAAAACUCGAAACUGUCUUAAAAAUGAAGGAAAAAAAAACGUUGAGGAAAUGUUUCGAAAUAUUAGACAAGCACUGGAUAUGCAACAUAGAACAAAAGUUAAAGGAAAAUGAAGAUGUCGUUGAAUAUUUAAAAAAGAACAAUGUCGUUCUCGUUCCACACAGAGAAGGACUAAGUAUAACUUGUGAUAAGAAAAAAAAAGAAAAUUAUGAUGGAAAAUUUUGCUUAGGUAUGAAAGAGGGAUAUGGAAUAUCUGUCUAUGGUGACAUAAACAGAUAUGAAGGCUACUGGCAUAGGGGAAUGAAGCAUGGUUAUGGCCUUUUGUACGAAGGGAACAGUACAUACCAUGUCCACUUUAGCUAUGAUAAGUUAAUUAAGAAGGAAGAAAUUUCGCCUGAGCAAGUAAGUCAUUUUAAGCCCCAGAAGGCAGCCCCCAGUGUGAAGAAACGAGGAAAUAACUUUUUAAUAGAUCAGUCCUUCUUUCAGUAUAAGACGUUUUUGUCUUCCACCGUGUGUCAGUACCUUUGA